AUGCCGAAAAUUAGAAACCUAUGCACAUGUGAGGGAUUUUUGAAUGUGCUACAAGUGUGUUUGAGUUUGGCAGCAAUCAUUGGCAGCUCUGUUAUUUGGAACGACGGGAAUGUGGCACUUUUUAUAUACUAUUCGGGAUAUGGCUGGCAGAUACUCAUCAACGUAAUUCUGAUUGCCACAUUCAUAUUUUCAUGCUUCCUAUUGAUAUUGAACGUAUUGGGCGGCAAUAAUUUGUUGGAGACCAUUGGGAAGCCAAAGGCCCUCAGUUCCUAUGCGCUAAUAUUUUUGCUGCUGAUCGUUGCGGGUGGUCUGGAGACAUGGUAUGCCACUUUGGCAUCGUCCGAGCCUUCUGGAGCGUAUUGGAACUGGGCUGGGAUUUAUCGACCCCGCUUUAUUGCCACAGCUGUCUUCACAUGGCUUACCUGGCUGACUUAUGCUAUUCUGCUCGGCUUGAAUUUCAUGUAU